AUAUCUCAUGGUAUUUACCAAUAUAAAUAUCUAUAAUUCCCACCCCAAAAAAAUUUAAAUAAAUAAAUAAAUAAUCGGACAUUUGGACCCUCCAUUCUCCGAGAUUGCAUACAUAUUUUCUCCGAGAUUACGAUUUUGUUGUUCCAACAAAUUCGCACCAAUUCCAUCCGAUUUUUUUAAUCCAAUCCCUCCGAUCUACUGUAUUUUGAUUUUUUUUUUAUUUUUUUUAUUGGGUUUGUUAUUUUAGUCGUUAUCUUGUUUUUACUUUGUACUCUGGUUCUCACUUCUGGGGGACUUCUUCUUCUUCAAACACAUGCAUACGAAUAUAUGAAUCUCUGAAACGACUUCUUUUUCAUUUUUUUGGAGUUUCCUAUCAAAUCCCAGAUUCAAAACCAAUCGGGAUUUUUUUUUUUUUUUUUUUUUUUUUUUGGGGAAGUAGGGGACAAGAAGAGGAAUUGUGGGAAUUCUUUGGGGGUGUUUUUGGGAAUUUAAUUUUUCCCGACUGACUGUGAUCUGGGUGGUUUGUUUGUGAAAUGGGGAAAUUGGCGGUGGGUGCGGCGGUGGUUUGCGCUGCGGCGGUUUGUGCGGCGGCGGCGCUGGUGGUUCGCCACCGAAUGAAGAGCUCGGGGAAGUGGACCCGAGCUAUGGCGAUAUUGAGGGAGUUCGAAGAGAAGUGUAGGACCCCCACUAGUAAACUCAGACAGGUGGCAGACGCCAUGGACGUUGAGAUGCACGCCGGUCUUGCAUCCGAAGGUGGAAGCAAGCUCAAGAUGAUCAUAAGCUACGUCGAUAACCUCCCAACUGGAGAUGAGAAAGGUCUUUAUUAUGCUUUGGACCUUGGUGGAACCAACUUCCGUGUGCUGCGCGUCCAGUUGGGUGGUAAAGAUGCUCGUGUUGUCAAACAAGAAUUUGAGGAAGUUUCAAUUCCACCGCAUUUGAUGACUGGAACUUCGGAUGCAUUAUUUGGUUAUAUAGCCGAGGCACUUGCAAAAUUUGUUGCUGAAGAAGGUGAAGGUUUCCAUCCUGCGCCUGGAAGACAAAGGGAGCUGGGUUUUACCUUUUCAUUCCCUGUGAGGCAGACAUCAAUUGCAUCGGGGAAUCUUAUCAAGUGGACAAAAGGCUUCAGUAUUGAAGACACAGUUGGACAAGAUGUGGUGGGAGAACUCACCAAAGCAAUGGAAAGAAUUGGCCUUGAUAUGCGUGUGGCAGCUUUGGUCAAUGAUACAAUUGGAACGUUAGCUGGAGGUAAAUACCACAAUCAGGAUGUAAUUGCUGCUGUAAUUUUGGGUACUGGAACCAAUGCUGCUUAUGUAGAGCGGGCUCAUGCCAUUCCCAAAUGGCAUGGUCUUCUACCUAAGUCAGGAGAGAUGGUUAUAAACAUGGAGUGGGGUAACUUCCGAUCAUCACACCUUCCUCUGACAGAUUAUGAUCAAGAACUGGAUAAUGAGAGCUUGAACCCAGGAGAACAAAUCUUUGAGAAGAUGAUUUCUGGAAUGUAUUUAGGGGAUAUUGUACGCAGAGUUUUGUACAAAAUGGCUGAAGAAGCUGCCUUUUUUGGUGAUACUGUUCCACCCAAACUGAAAAUUCCUUUCAUCCUAAGAACUCCUAACAUGUCUGCGAUGCAUCAUGACACAUCUCCGGAUCUGAGAGUGGUUGGGGACAAACUGAGGGAUAUUCUAGAGAUACCUAACACGUCCCUGAAAGUGAGAAAAGUUGUUGUGGAGCUUUGUGACAUUGUUGCCACUCGUGGUGCCCGUCUAUCAGCUGCUGGGAUCGUAGGCAUCCUCAAGAAAAUAGGAAGAGACACAGUAAGGGAAGGGGAGAAGCAAAGGUCUGUGAUAGCGUUGGACGGUGGUUUAUAUGAGCAUUACACUAAAUUCAGCACCUGCAUGGAGAGUACUCUUAAGGAGUUGCUGGGAGAGGAAGUCGCUGCGAACAUUUUAAUUGAGCACUCCAAUGAUGGAUCUGGUAUUGGAGCUGCUCUCCUGGCAGCUUCUCACUCCCAGUACUCAGAGGUAGAAGAAUCUUAGAAGAAUGGUCAAAAGCCUAAUAUGCUAGAUGAAAGAAAUAUGAACAUUCAAUUUUUUGUACAUUUUCUGUUUCCUCUUUAGUCUUUCUUUUCUCGACUGCCAAAAUCAUUUUAGAGUUCUUAUCACCUCCAUCUAUGAGAGAUCUUGCCAGACAAGCCUUUAUUUAUGGUUUUUAUGGAAAGCAUGUACUGAGACGGACCAAAUAAGCAGUCGAGAGUGGGCAAGCAGGGCUCAAGCUUUCCUGCUUCAGCCUGUGAUUUCUCUGCUUGUUUUGCUUAUAAUUUUGGCAUUUGUGUUGGUACAAAGUGUAUAAGAUCCUUUUCUCCUGAAUUGUGGAAUAAAAUAGGGGGAUGUAGAACUGUUGGUUGAGCAGUCA